CUCCGCGACCCCAGCGCCCGGAGGAGCGGCCCAACCACCUGAACCCGGAAAACGCCAACAAGUAGUUUCUCGUUGGAGCAGGGCUGCUCGGCUGGGUGUCAGGACUCAGUCCGGCUGCCCGGAGAAGCUCGUCUACUCGGAAACCAAAGCAGAACCACUUUUCUGUCGGUCUCGUUAAGUCAUGUCUGAGCCACAGAGAUGGGCAAGAUCGAGAACAACGAGAGGGUGAUCCUCAAUGUCGGGGGCACCCGACACGAGACCUACCGCAGCACCCUCAAGACCCUGCCUGGGACGCGCCUGGCCCUGCUCGCCGCCUCCGAGCCCCCGGGCGACUGCCUGACGGCGGCGGGCGACAAGCUGCAGCCGUCGCCCCCUUCGCUGUCGCCGCCGCCGCGACCGCCCCCACUGUCUCCCGGGCCGGGCGGCUGCUUUGAGGGCGGCGCGGGCAACUGCAGCCCCCGCGGCGGCGGCCGCGAGUUCUUCUUCGACCGGCACCCGGGCGUCUUUGCCUACGUGCUCAACUACUACCGCACCGGCAAGCUGCACUGCCCCGCCGACGUGUGCGGGCCGCUCUUCGAGGAGGAGCUGGCCUUCUGGGGCAUCGACGAGACGGACGUGGAGCCCUGCUGCUGGAUGACCUACCGGCAGCACCGCGACGCCGAGGAGGCGCUGGACAUCUUCGAGACCCCCGACCUCAUCGGCGGCGACCCCGGCGACGACGAAGACCUGGCGGCCAAGAGGCUGGGCAUCGAGGACGCCGCGGGCCUGGGGGGCCCCGACGGCAAGUCUGGCCGCUGGAGGAGGCUGCAGCCCCGCAUGUGGGCCCUUUUCGAGGACCCCUACUCGUCCAGAGCCGCCAGGUUUAUUGCUUUUGCUUCUUUAUUCUUCAUCCUGGUUUCGAUCACAACCUUUUGCCUGGAGACACAUGAAGCUUUCAAUAUUGUUAAAAACAAGACAGAACCAGUCAUCAAUGGCACAAGCGUUGUUCUGCAAUAUGAAAUCGAAACGGAUCCUGCCUUGACGUAUGUAGAAGGAGUGUGUGUGGUGUGGUUUACUUUUGAAUUUUUAGUCCGUAUCAUUUUUUCCCCUAAUAAACUUGAAUUCAUCAAAAAUCUCUUGAAUAUCAUUGACUUUGUGGCCAUCCUACCCUUCUACUUAGAGGUGGGACUCAGUGGGCUGUCAUCCAAAGCUGCUAAAGAUGUACUUGGCUUCCUCAGGGUGGUAAGAUUUGUGAGGAUCCUGAGAAUCUUCAAGCUCACCCGCCAUUUUGUAGGUCUGAGGGUGCUUGGACACACUCUUCGAGCUAGCACUAAUGAAUUUUUGCUGCUGAUAAUCUUCCUGGCUCUAGGAGUUUUGAUAUUUGCUACUAUGAUCUACUAUGCCGAGAGAGUAGGAGCUCAACCUAACGACCCUUCAGCUAGUGAGCACACGCAGUUUAAAAACAUUCCAAUUGGCUUCUGGUGGGCUGUAGUGACCAUGACUACCUUGGGCUAUGGGGAUAUGUACCCCCAAACAUGGUCAGGGAUGCUGGUGGGAGCCCUGUGUGCUCUGGCUGGAGUGCUGACAAUAGCCAUGCCAGUGCCUGUCAUUGUCAACAACUUUGGGAUGUACUACUCCUUGGCAAUGGCGAAGCAGAAACUCCCAAGGAAAAGAAAGAAGCACAUCCCUCCUGCCCCUCAGGCAAGCUCACCUACUUUUUGCAAGACAGAACUAAAUAUGGCCUGUAAUAGCACACAGGGUGACACGUGUCUGGGCAAAGACAAUCGGCUUCUGGAACAUAACAGAUCAGUGUUAUCAGGUGACGACAGUACAGGAAGUGAGCCGCCAUUAUCACCCCCAGAAAGGCUCCCCAUCAGACGCUCUAGUACCAGAGACAAAAACAGAAGAGGGGAAACAUGUUUCCUACUGACAACAGGUGAUUACACGUGUGCUUCUGAUGGAGGGAUCAGGAAAGAUAACUGCAAAGAGGUUGUCAUUACUGGUUACACGCGAGCUGAGGCCAGAGCUCUUACUUAAUGACUUGGGGAAGGCACAAAACAUGAGAGAAAGGUAACUGCCAGCCAGGCUUGCAUUGUUUAGCCAGGAAUUGCUGCUUGGUAUUAGAGUCAUAUAUAUAUUUUUCCAAUCCCAGGAUUUGUCAUCAUUUUCAGAGGCAAAGUGCCAAAUAUCACCCAAAGCUCUCGUGUCUUUUUUUAUCCCCUUCCUUUAUUUUUAUUUAUUGAUUUUUGUGCAAACAUCAAAGAUGAUUGUUUUCACUGGAGGCUUUCUUGACCAGCCUUAAAUUUCUGACUCACGGGAUUAAUCAGAUUUUCAGGCAGUGUUGAAUCAGGUGCUUUGUCCUGUAUGGCGUUUUGUCCGUCUGUCUUAGCUCCCUGUCUUCAAUGUAUAUGCCAUCUGUCUUCAUGAAGCACAGAAAUGCCUUGAUAAGAUGUUCAUGAUUUUAGUACCGGGUCCUCUCCCCUGCCCCCUGCCUUCUCUGCUAUUUGGAACAGCCUCUCUGCUUUGUGUGUAAAUGGAUGAUGCCCUGUAGACUACCUACGUUAAUCAGUACUGUGAACCUUUUUGAUAAGCAGGAUUUAAGCAGCAGUAUCACCAUUACAUUUGGUUGCUGGCUGCAGUGUCAGUGUCUACUACCUAGCAACCAGCAUUCAUCACUACACUCCAGCAAAACCCCUAGGGAGUUUUAUUCAGCCCAAGUGGAAGAAAUUCUGUUUACAGCGUCCCGAUGAAUGCAAUAGCAAUAGUGUGUCCGGUGUAUUGGGCAUGUGAAGGAGGAAAAAUGCCAUACUAUAAAUUGAGGGAUAAACAUUAUUAUUUCUAAGGCAUUCAGGAUCCUUGAGACUGUUGAUUAAUCCUUAAUUCUCAUGUUUAUUUUUUGUGAGGAAGACAAAUGUCAUUUUUAUUAUUGAUCACAUAACGUCUAUUAUUCUCUAAGUCCUAAAGCAUGAACUGCAUGUCUGAGAUUUUGUACGGCAAUGUAUUUACCCAGACGUACACAUCUGAUAUUUAGAGAUUCUGUGAUCCUUUUAAUGACACCACCCUUAGAAAGUUAUAAUUCCAUAUAGCUUUAUGGUAAAGGAAUUAAUAUACUGUCUGGUGCUGCUGUUAUUGACUGCAGUGUUGUACAGAAUUUAUCAUGGAUUUUUGACUGCUGAAAAAGGGACAAUGGAAUUUAGCCAUGCCAAG